UCACUGGCUGUGUUGUAUUUUAAGAUUUUAUUUCAGUGUAUUCUUGUUUCGUUAAGUUUUGGGUUAGGAUUGUAUAAUGUAACGUUAACGGUUUACAUAACUCAGGUGUAUGGACUGUGGUAAAUGGACUGUACUUAUAUAGCGCAUUUCUAGUCGUUACGACUAUCUGUUUAUGCAUACUUGACAGAACAGUGAUGAGAUGUUAUAAAAGUUCAUGUGUGUUUCUCUUUAUAAUCUUUGGGGCUGUGUUUGUCCUGGUCUAGAUGAGACUACCAUGGCGGACCCUCACCCUGCACACAGCCCCUGUGAGGAGGACGUGCUCUGAACCUGCAGCUGUGUCGAGCUUCGUCCCGGCCUGCAGUAGCACAGACGGCCCCUCCCUGGAGCUACUGCAGGACUUUGUGUCCCGAUCCAGACGCCUGUUUGUGAUCACCGGUGCAGGUCUCUCCACUGAGUCCGGGAUCCCUGAUUACCGCUCUGAGGGUGUGGGGCUGUACGCUCGCACUGACAGGAGACCCAUGCAGCAUGCAGAGUUUAUCCGCAGUGCCAAGUCCCGGCAGCGGUACUGGGCCAGGAACUUUGUGGGGUGGCCGCAGUUCUCCUCCCACCAGCCCAACUGUGCUCACAGGGUCCUGCAGCGGUGGGAGGACAGCGGGAGGCUGCACUGGCUGGUCACUCAAAAUGUGGAUGCUCUUCACUCAAAGGCCGGACAGAAAAAACUCACUGAGCUCCACGGCUGCACCCACAGGGUGAUGUGUUUAGGCUGUGGUGGUAUCUCGGCAAGGGAGGACCUCCAGAGGAAAUUUGAGGCUCUGAACCCAAGCUGGAGGGCUCAGGCGGGCGCUGUGGCUCCAGAUGGUGACGUCUUCAUAGAGGACGAGCAAGUCCUCCACUUCAGAGUUCCCUCCUGCAACGACUGUGGCGGGAUACUGAAACCUGAUGUUACGUUUUUUGGAGACACUGUGAAAAAAACGACAGUGCACUUUGUGCACGACAGACUGGCAGAGUCAGACGCAGUGUUGGUUGUGGGGUCCUCGUUGCAGGUUUAUUCAGGAUACAGGUUCUUACUGGCAGCGAGUGAGAGCAAAAUACCAAUCACCAUCUUGAACAUUGGGACUACGAGGGCGGACCACCUGGCAGAGCUGAAAGUGAUUGGCCGCUGCGGUGAAGUGCUAUCACUCCUUCAACGUCUUUGACUAUCAUUAAUAUGAAGUUUGGAGAACUGUGUUCAGUUGGUCAAAAGGCUCCCAAAACUACCUCAGAAACACCAAACAGUGUCGUCAACUUCAGGAUUUCUGUCUGUGCUGUUUGACUCAGGAGCCAAGAAACACCUCAAAUACACUCACUUUAUUUUUUUACCAGGGCACAUUUGAGCAUCUGCACAUCUGUCAGGAGUAUUCUCGAUGUUUACUCUCAUCUUUAACAGUAACAGUUCCUGACAGAGAGUCAGCAUGCUCAAUAUCAGGACCCUGAAACCACAAUAGCUCAGUGGAGUUAUAACUGUGUUUUAUUUAUGUGAAAAUUGGCCUUUGAGGUUGUGGAAACUAUUCAAGAUCCUACAAAAUGUGGCGUUCAAUGGAUUUGAAUCAUAAUAUUCAGUCAUUUGGUGCACUGAACAUAUACAUGUAUUUUAAUGCAGGUGAUUGAAUGGACGGUUCUCAGUUUGUCAUGUGAUGUUAAGAACAUCUUGUUUGACCUAAAACAGAUAUUAACGUUUAUAUUUGAAAUAUCAUGGAGGAAAUGUGAUAUCUCAUGUUUUAUUUAAUUGAAAUAAACACUUGCAUAU